AAACGGCUCUUUAAUGUACUGUCGGCACCAAAGUAUCUUCUUUGACUAAUGCUUUCCUCAGUUCUCUGUACACUCACUUUAAUGUACUUUUAGUUCUUUGACAGUGUUGCUGACAUUUUCGUUAACAGCAAGUUGGAGGGGUACAUGUUUAUUUCUCAAUGUUAUGUUUUCAAGUAGAAGUGGGUUUAUUUAUCAAUUAUUGAGAGCCAAUUCUAGCCCCUCUUUUGUUUUUUAAUUCAGAAUAGAGGUGACAACUCUCUCCAACAUGCUAUAUUUUGACUCUCAAAAAUAGCUUUUUGCUAAUUCCAUAUUUUUCUUGAUGGGGAUUGGACUUCAAUUUCAAAGGUUAUGUUGUGUCCAUAGUGUUAAAAAAUUGUUAUCAAUCUUUGCAAUUGUGGUAGCUGUUGUUGUGCUGCUAUCUCAAUUACUUGCACUUCCCUAUGAGAAUUACGUAUCACUGCUAUCAAAUAAUGCUGCUAGACAGUUGGAAAAUGUUACAAAUGUGGAUGGAGUUGGCUACAAAGAUGAAAUUGGUUUGGCUACUGAUGAAAAUAGGAGUAAUGUGGAAGUUGAUUCAGUGCUAGGGUUUCAGAAAUCAAGAACCAAUACUUAUCCAGAAAAGAGAUUGUAUGCAAAUUCAACUAUAGGGUUUCACUUGAAUAUAAGUAUAGAUUCAAGACCAAGGGAAAUAAGGAAUCAAUCGGCUCGCAUAAUCAAUGUGGAGAAUGUGAUUGCAGAUACUGGUAAUAAGAUGUCUUUACCAUUUAAUGAUAAAGGGUUAAUGGGAAAUCAGGCAAAGAGUUCCAGUACUAAGUUGUUACAAGCUGGUUUCAAGAUUGAUGGUGCCUCCAUAAUGAGGAGUAAAAGAAGAAGACCGGCAUCAAUCUCUUACAUGAACUCUUUAGUGCUGCAGAACUCUAUUAGUUCACUGAGACCACAAUGGAAUUCUGCACAUGAACGGGAACUCCGAAUCGCGAAGCUUCAGAUUGAAAGUUCUCCUAUAAUUAGAAACAUUCCAGAAGUUGCAUCUAUCUUUCGAAAUUAUUCCAGGUUUAGGAGGAGCUAUGAACUGAUGGAACGCAUCCUUAAAGUGUAUGUUUAUAGGGAAGGGGAAAAACCAAUAUUCCAUCAGCCAUAUCUGCGAGGUAUUUAUGCUUCUGAAGGGUGGUUCAUGAAACUGAUGGAGAAAAACAAACAAUUUCUUGUGAAAGAUCGCAAAAAGGCUCACUUAUUUUAUUUGCCUUUUAGUUCUCUGAGGCUAAGAGAAGCUCGAUCAGAACAAAAUUUUACUCACCAGAAAGAUUUGGAAAAUCAUCUCAGCGAUUACAUUGGAAAAAUCUCAAGAAAAUAUCAUUUCUGGAAUAGAAGCAGAGGAGCUGAUCACUUUUUUGUUGCUUGUCAUGAUUGGGCACCCCGACUCACGAGGAAGAACAUGGAAACAUGUAUUAGAGUUCUCUGCAAUUCAAAUAUAGCUGGAGGCUUCAAGAUAGGGAAGGAUGUCUCUCUGCCAGUAACCUAUGUUCGUUCAGCUGAAAACCCGCUCAAGGAUCUGGGAGGAAAUCCUCCUUCAGCAAGACCUGUCCUUGCCUUUUUCGCUGGAGGCCUUCAUGGUUAUCUCCGUCCUAUUUUGUUGAAACAUUGGAGUGACAGAGAACCUGAUAUGAAGAUUCUUGGGCCUAUGCCUCGUGAUCCUGAGGGUAAAGCAAAAUAUAGGGAACUUAUGAAAAGCAGCAAAUAUUGCAUAUGUGCUAGGGGUUAUGAAGUCCAUACUCCAAGAGUUGUGGAGUCCAUACACUAUGAGUGUGUCCCUGUGAUCAUAUCAGAUAAUUAUGUGCCAUCUUUCUUUGAAGUUUUCGACUGGGAAUCGUUUUCUGUCUUUGUUUUGGAGAAAGAUAUACCAGAUUUGAGAAACAUCCUUCUUUCAAUUCCUGAGGAGAAGUACAUGGAGAUGCAGCGUAGGCUGAAGAUCGUUCAACAGUAUUUCCUUUGGCACAAAAAUCCUGUAAAGUAUGACUUGUUUCACAUGAUCCUUCACUCAAUCUGGUAUAACAGAGUAUUUCAGGUAAAAUCUAAGUAAGGAUGUCAAAGGACUUCAGGAUCUUUUAUAUGGAGGGACAUCAGUAGGAGCAAAUCCCGAUAAAGGAUUCUUGAAAAGAGUAGAGGAGACGCAGAUAUCUUAGAUGAUUUGAAUGCUUUAAAAAUCAUAUGCGGUACCGGAUAUGAUCAAACUCUUAUACAUGAAGAAUGUACCUGCCUGAUAACUGUUUAAGCUUAAUUAGUGAAUUGAUAAUGUUGGCGAGGUGAAGUAAGCACUAACUGCUGAUGCCUGACAGUAUCCUUCCUCUUUGAUGCCCCGUGUAUACUUGUAUAAUGCUCUGACAAUUUACCUAUUGUUGCCAUUUAUCUAUAGAUGAAUUUCCUAGCUCUCUUUCCUAAUU